AUGAUUUCUCCCAAGUCUGAAAAUGAUAUCAAGCACAACGGCGAUAGUAACAGUGCUCAUGAUGAUGAACUUGACGGUGUUCUUGGUAACCAAGAGCAAGAGCAAGAGCAAGAGCUAGAGCAAGAUCAGAUUACAACAGCUGGAGCAAGUAGUAGUGAUUGUGGAGGAGGGUCUGUGCAAAAUUGGGUUCAAAAUGAAAAUGGCGAUGAUGAUUCUGAGAAUGAUCGACGCCAGCCACACACAACUGAUGAUGAGGACGAUAGCACGAAAAGCAACGGUUCCCAGGAUACCGAUAGUAAUGGCGAUGAUGCUAUGAAUAAGGUUUUGAAUCCAGACAAUAUGAUUAGUCUUGGUACUGGUGCUCAAGAAGGAAAGCUACAGUCACCACGGUCACCACAGCCACCACUAUCGACAUUAUCACUAGAAUUCCCAGGCUUAAAGAAUAAUGUGACUGAGAUUCACAGUGAUAGUGACAGUGACAUUGAAGCUAGUGUUGCUGUUGACACUGGUGCUGUUCUUGGUGAUAGUAAUAGUAAUAUUAAUUGUGGUCUGAAAAGGCAAGAAAAUAGUGUGAUUGAUUGUCAACCAAAUGUCAAGCGAUUACGGC